GCGGGCGGCCGGGCUGAGGCGUUGCCGGCCGCGGGGCCGAAGCCGGGGCCGUGUAGCUGAGGCGCGCUGGCUUCCCGCCUUCGCCGCCUCCGGAGGCCGGGGCCUGCCGGCGGCCCGCUGCGGGGCCCGGGCGGCUCUGUGUCAGGGCGCCUGAGGCUGCCGGGCUUCCCCGGCGGGCGGGAGGCGAGGCGAGGCGAGGCGCGGAGCGGAGCGGGCCCGCGGCCCACGGCCCACGUUAACGCGCCCUCCGGCGGCUCCGGGGCUUCGGUGAGGUGGCCUAGCGGCCAGCUGUGCGGUUUAAUCUCGCUUUCUUCGGUCUCUUUGUUUCUCUUAAAUGCCUCUCGUGGGUUUUUUGAAAGACCGUUAAAGUUUUAAGCACAACAGAUCCCCCUAAUUGUUCGACCCGUGGUGUAUGUAAUCGUGUUUUUCAUACUUUGUGGCUUUGUAACUUCAGCUUUCGCAAGCAGCUGUUUCCUUUCACGUCAGCCGUGACAGGUAAGGGUCUGUGUGUAAUGGCGGGCCGAGGAGGCCUGUGCAGGCCUGUGCUCAGAUCCUUGACGGCCUUUGUAAGGCCCCGAGCGUGGGCUGGAGAGGCUUGGAGAGAUGGCGUAACCCCUCCACCUGCACCAGAAAUACCUGCGCCGAGGUUUUGAAAAUCCAGAUAAUCGUGAAUCUUACCCGUGUGCAUCUGGUUUCAAGGUCUGUGCUAUUAGCUUUGGACUCCUUGGCCUUGUCAGGGCUCCUCCUAAAUGAUUUUCUUUGAUUUUGUCCUGUAAGUACAAAGUCUAAAGUGCAAAAUUGUCAUGCAAGUAGAUAAUGCUGUGAACAUAUAUUCUCACUGGCUAAUACAAUAUUAAGUUUGUUUUAAUAUAAGUUUACUUCUUGCCUGAAAUAUGUGUCUUGGGAUUUUUGUUUUAUUCUGUCUGUAGCAAUGGCUUCAGGAACAGCACUGAUUUAUGAUGAGGAGAUGACCACUCAUAAACUACUUUGGAUCCUGUUUGUUAUAUUGAAGUGCCAGAAAGACUGUCAUCCUCCUAUGACCAGCUUAAACAUUACCAUCUUGUGGAAAGAUGUGUUCAUAUGCCUGCCAGAGAAGGAAGCAAGGAAGAGAUCCUGUUGGUUCACAGUUCAGAACACUUGGAAGUGGCAAAAAGCACCCAGACAAUGAAUGAAGAGGAACUGAAAAAAGUCUCUGGAAAUUAUGAUGCUUUUUUCUUCCAUCAGAACACUUACCGUUGUGCCAGACUAGCAGUAGGAGCGACUUUGGAGCUGGUGGAUGCUGUGAUGUCAGGAAAAGUGCACAAUGGAAUGGCAUUAGUAAGACCUCCAGGUCACCACAGCCAGAGAAAUGCAGCUAAUGGGUUCUGUUUGUUCAACAAUGUUGCUAUUGCAGCAGAAUAUGCAAAACUGAAAUACGGUCUACAGAGAAUCCUAAUUGUUGACUGGGAUGUGCACCAUGGGCAAGGAACUCAAUAUAUAUUUGAAGAGGAUCCAAGUGUUUUGUAUUUUUCCUGGCAUCGCUAUGAACAUCAGGAAUUCUGGCCAUCACUCAAAGAAUCAGAUUAUGAUGCUGUGGGUCUGGGAAAAGGAAAAGGUUUUAACAUAAAUUUGCCUUGGAACAAGGUUGGGAUGGGAAAUUCAGAUUAUCUUGCUGCAUUUUUCCAUGUGUUGCUUCCAAUGGCUUUUGAGUUUGAUCCUGAACUGGUUAUUGUCUCCGCUGGAUAUGAUUCUGGAAUUGGAGACCCUGAAGGUCAGAUGAAUGCCACUCCAGAGGUUUUUGCCCACCUUACCCAUUUCGUGAUGCAGUUAGCUAAUGGAAAGCUGUGUGUCAUCCUAGAGGGUGGAUACCACUUAAAGUCAUUGUCUGAAUCAGUCUGCAUGACUGUAAAAACUUUGCUUGGAGAUCCUGUACCUCAAAUAACUGGAGAAAUGGCACCUUGCCUAAGUGCUGUUGAAUCUAUUCAAAAUGUGAGAGCAGCACAUAAACGCUACUGGAAAUGGUUGAUGUAUGAAGACACAUCAUUUUUACAAAAUUUGAGCACCAACUUGCACUUACUAAAGAAGGCUAAUCCAAAUCCCUCCACAGAACAUGAAUCUAAGAUAACUAACAACAAUGAAACUGUCAAAGUAGAAAGGUUUUUGGAACUGCACAUGAAAAAUAUUCUAUUUCCAGUGCCUCCCAUCAAAACAGCAACAACUGACUCUAAAGGUUCAGUACAUUUGCUCCCUGUACCUGUUCAUUUUGUGAAGGAAAUGGACAAAACUGAAAUAAAAGCUCUUGUCAGUGGCUUUUAUGCAGACAUUGUGAAAGAGGACAAAAAUUUGCUCUCUCUUGGCAGUAUGUUGGCCAUCCUAGAUAAAAUUCUUAAGAAGGAGGUAUGCAAUGGAAUUGCAGAAUCACCCAUGUGUUCUGUUUCGGUUGCUGUUGCACUAAGACAUUCUGUUCGUUUUGGAUUUCAAAGAGUGCUUUGUAUAUUUGUUGGAGACAUGGAAAUCAUACCAAACACAGAAGAUGGAAAAAUACUCGUGAUACAUAUUUGUGAGAAAGAACAGUCUGGAAAGACAGGAUCCAAACACUAUAUUUCUCUAAACUGGAAAGAGGAUGCUGAAGGAAAUGACUUCUUUUCUGCUGUACUUGGAUUCAUUCUUCCUGUAGCAUACAGUUAUCAACCUAACUUGACUGUAAUAGCCGUUGGACCAAAUAGGAGCCUUGGAAUAAGUGGGAUUUCUCUGCUAUUUUCUUUACUACAAGGAUUAGCCGAGUCUCGAAUUUUUGCAGUGAUCGAGGACACAGAGAUAAAUGUUAUGCAAAGUGUAGCCAAAGCAUUAGUGGGUGCUUCUGCACCUCACUUUGGAGUUUAUGUGCCUCCUACCCAAGAAAAAGUAAAUAAAAUAAAAAUAUUAAGAGACCAGUUUCAGCAGGAAUGGAAAAUGCUUCAGUGUUCAGUGAAGGAUGGGAUUUCAAGAAAUUGACUUCACUUCAGAAUCAUUUUACACAGCAGAAGAAAAAGAGAAUGCGUUGCUGUUCAUGUUGCCUUUUAAAUCAUUAGGAAAAGAGAUGGUCAAUCUCUAGAGUAAGAGCCAUUCACAACUCUCUCCUGUCUUUUAAAAUACUUAAAAUCUGUUAUUUUCAGAUAGAGAAUUGUGCUUGCAAAUUCUAUAUUGGCACUAAUUAUUCAAGACUGACCCUUGAAAACAACUCCUGUACUUCAUUACUGCAAAUUGGGGCUGAUGUCAUUUGUGACAUUGUAAAGUCAGGCUUGCAUAUGCAGUAGCUUGACUGCGUGAAUGUUAAGGAAGUCCAGAAGACAGGCAUCUGAAAUAAGUAAUCAUAAUAGCCAAAACAUUUUAUUAUUAUUCAACAUAAUACCAGAGUGCUUGCACUGCUGCUACCACCACCAUUUCAUUGGGAGUUUAAACUUAAUCUGGAGGACCUGCUGUUAAUGAAAUUUCAUUUCAUAAUCUGAUUUAAAGGAUUCACCUAACAUGGUCUAUUCUUUUAAUUUUUCUAAUGAGUAAUUUUCAAUUGCAAGAAGAAAAGCAGCUGAACAGCUAUAGUGUAUGCAUUUCCUACAUCACACCUGUGAUGAUUAAGUUUAAUUUCCUGAACUAUGCAGGUUGUGAGAGAAAAAAGAAAAACAUUUUGCAUAUAUAAAAUUACAAAUACAUAAUUGAACAAAGUAGUGUAAAGAGGACUCCACUCUGCCCUCUUUUCAAAGACAAAUUGUCUAACAAAUAAAACCCCCAAACCCCCAGAGAUUUGGUAGUGGCCGAAGGCUGACAUCAUGUGAAUUCUCAAAAUUAAACAAACAUCCUAAGGCAAUA